CUGUUGAUCAUCAUGUCUGGAAGAGGCAAAGGCGGUAAAGGAUUGGGAAAAGGAGGCGCUAAGCGUCACCGUAAAGUUCUGCGUGAUAACAUCCAGGGAAUCACCAAACCCGCCAUUCGUCGUCUCGCACGCCGCGGUGGAGUUAAGCGUAUCUCCGGUCUGAUCUACGAGGAGACUCGCGGUGUGCUUAAAGUGUUUCUGGAGAAUGUGAUCCGUGACGCCGUUACAUACACCGAGCACGCCAAGAGGAAGACCGUGACCGCCAUGGAUGUGGUGUACGCUCUGAAACGGCAGGGACGCACUCUGUACGGGUUCGGCGGUUAAACAUCUAUCAGUCCUUAAACCAAAGGCUCUUUUAAGAGCCACCCACCAUGUCAGAAAAGAGGCCUUUGACUUGCUUUAUAUUGAGGUUUCUGUAGAAGAUCCUGUUAUUAUUUUUAAUUCCGAAUAUAUUACUAAACCUGCAGUUCCUUCAUUUAUUUGUUAAAGCCGAACGUGAACAAGUCUGUUUUAUGUUUGAUGCUUAUCUCAGUUUUUUUUUAGGUAAUCCAAAGUCUCUAGCUUUGUGUAAAAGAUACACAGUAAAACUAAUCCAGUUUUCUUUUCAGCCGGUAUAUUUAGAAUACCAACCACUGUAAAUAGUCAGAGUGAGUGUUAAUUUGUUUACAGACAUAAUUUGAUUAAAUUAAGCACUUAGUAGCAAUUAGUUUAGUGCCAAUAUAUAAAAGAUAAAAAAAAAU